CACAAACACGGCCCAAGCCGUCGGAGCUUGUCGCAACAGUCGUUUCUUGCACGCGCUGCCCAGACGUCGGCAGGCAUUGCCGGAGAGGGGGUUACACUGCAGUUUGCUGGUUUUUCGCGGAUUAGGACCGUAGGACGCAGUGAUGAGACGUUCGAUGACACCAGAAGAGCUCCGGCAGCGAAGCGAAACGUGCCGUCGGGAGCGGCAGCAUCUCCUUCGUUACGCCAUCUGGAACAGCAGGAGAAUAAGGGAAGCGCAGGAGAAAGAGGACGAAGGGCAGGCUGUCGCGGCUGGCAGUGCCGCAAAUUCAUCAAAACAGGAUGAUAAACAAAAGCCUAAGCGGCUGGCGCUGCAGCCGAUCCAAAACACUUCCGAAAAUUCGCGAUUAGCAGGCUCUUGUGGCAACGCAAACUGCAGAACCGACGAAGACGCCGACGACACUUCGAGCGAAUCCAGUGACACCAGCGCAUCAGAUCCAGACAGCGACAACUCGGAGAACCUGUCGGAUAGGGUCUCCAAACUCGACCGCUCGGAGUACCGCCCCCUACUGAAGAAAUCGUACACAGAAAGGUUGUCAGAAGCCGAAAUGGAUAGCGAUUCCAGCAGCGACGAGUCCGACGACAGCUGGUCGGACUGUGAAGAUUUGGACGAGGGUGAUUGUUCAUGUUGCGACAUAACAACUCGGCGUGCUUCUGGAGACUCCAACGAAGAUCUAACAGCAUGUUUCCAGAGGAUGUCGAAACGGUUUAAUGCGAUGAUGACGUCAGUUAACCAGACAAGAAUUUGACGAAGAACCGAAAAGAAGACGAGACUGCUACGUGCAAACAUAAAUGUUAAUUUUAAUGUGUGUUUUAUAUAUAAAUAUUUCAGUGAUUGUAUCUUAAAUUUUUAUGUACUGUUUACUUUCCUAAAUUUAGGAAUUUUAAUGUUUUCGGUACUGAUGUGUAAGUAAAUGUACCCUACGUCCGAAAUUGACA